UGCACCUGUAUCCGCCUCUACACCCACACCUGCUCCUGCUCCUGCGGCCCGGGCCAUGGCGGGACUGGCGCUGGGGCUGGGGCUCGGGCUGGGGCUGGGGGCGGCGGUGGUCUGGGCCCACCGCCCCCCCGCGCCCCCCGGCGCCCGAGCGCGCUUCCCCUGCCGCUUCUUCGCGCACCGCGGCGGUUGCGGGGAGCGAAUCGAGAACACCCUGGAGGCUUUCGAGCAGUCGGUGGCGCGGGGCGCGCAGGUGCUGGAGCUGGACGUGCGGCGCUCGCGGGACGGCGUCGUCGUCGUGUGCCACGACCGGGACCUGGCGCGGGAGACCGGGGUGGCGCGGGACCUGCGGGCCACCGACUACGCGGAUCUGCCCCCCUACAAGGACCCCCUGGAGGUGACCUUCUCCCCAGGAUCCUUUGCCAGCGGCUCUGACCACCACAUUGCACGCCUGGAGGACGUUUUCCAGCGUUUCCCCGGGGUCCCCGUCAACAUCGAGGUGAAGGAAGAUGAUGACGAGCUCAUCAGCAAGGUGGCCGAGCUGGUGCGUCGCUACGACCGCUUGGACAUCAGCGUGUGGGCCGCGUUCGACCACCGCGUCCUGCGCAAGUGCCGCCAGGAGGAGCCGGCGAUGCCGUCCAUAGUGUCCAUGCGCCGCGCACUCGUCCUCGUCGCUCUCUUCUACCUCGGCCUCCUGCCCCGCACCCACGUCCCCGAGGCCUUCCUGCAGGUGCCCCUGCCCUCCAUCAUCAACAGGACCUACUUCCCGGUGCGCAAAGGCUGCCUGGGGGCGCUGAUGGCCAAGAUGCUCCAGAAGGUCCUCAUGAGGAAAGAGCUGUUUAAGCAGCUCCAGGACAAAGGGGUGAAGGUGAUCAUGUGGGUGCUGAACGAGGACAAGGACUUCGCUGAGGCCUUCGGCUACGGGGUCGACGGGGUCAUGACCGACUACCCCACCCGUCUGCGCCGCUACCUUGACCAGCACCCGGCCCAUGAGCGCCCGGGAGAAGUGGGGGCCGGGGGGCAGGGGUGAGGGGCACCACAAUGGCGGGGGUGGGGUAGAGGGGGUUCAAGAGCUCUGUGUGUCAGGGGCAUCAGUGGCAGGGGGCUUCUUCUGGCUCUCCAAUAAACAGCCUGGACACAA